GGUUAUCACGUUUACUUGACGCUCAUGAACCGCACAACGUUGGAGGCUUUCCGCGCGCCAAUUUUCCGCAUAGGUGGUCCAGAUAAGAAUGGCUAUAAUUUGGGAAAGUAUGCCAAUUUCCAAGAAGUGUUCGGCGAUAACUGGAAACUGUGGUUUUUGCCAGUCUACACGAGUGUCGGCGAUGGAUUGACGUACAACACGCAAAAGCAGCACCAGAUGCCAUCAUACGAUUCCAUGGGCGAUACCACACAACAAACCAGCCAUAGCCAACAUCAUCAACUGUUACGCCAGGACGAUACACUGCCGCUGAAUGUCGCAAUGCCUGCUAUGGGCUCAGUAUCUGCUGCUUCCACAGCAACAGUGAAAUCGGAUGGUGCUGAUCUGAAUGGAUUGGUGCCCAUAAUACCAGUUAAGCCAGUACCAGCGGACGCAACGGCGAUCAUUGAUGGGAUAGCAUCGACUGAUAUUGAAGAGGUUGUAGUUAUGCCAGCUAUAGACACUGCCAAUGGAAAUGUGGUUAUCAACAUGCGAGAGCUGGAGGAGAGCUAUGAUGGCACGCAGCAAGAGCAGCAGCAAGAAAAUGUCGAAGAUGUUUAAAAGCAGUGCAUUUAUUAAUAGCAACAAUGUAGUAUAAAGUUAUACUCAGUGCAGCGAAAAUAAUCAGUAGCAUAAGCAUAUUUAAAA